AAAGAAAAAGGAAGUGCGUCUCAAGUCUUGUACCCCUGAGCGCACGUUAGCAUAGUGCUCCCCCAACAACCCCCCAAAAAUAAAGAAAAAGAAGCAAAAUGAGCACUACUGAGCUGCUCCGAUCCAACAAAAUCAAGAAGCCCAAAGCGCCGUUGCCGUUCUCCGAUGACCGCCACACCCUAAACCCGACCCGAUUCCUCUCCAUGGCCCGCAAAUCCUCUCUCAUCAAGCAAGCCCUCGCCACCGUCCUCUUCGUCGUCCUCCUCUACGCCACCCUCAACACCUUCCUCAGCCCCGCCGCCGUCUCCCCCGCCCUCCCCUCCUUCUCCUCCUCCUCCUCCUCCUCCUCCCCAUACGACGCCGUCAUCAACGUCGUUUCCCGCGACAACGACCCCAAUUCUAAUUCCAACCCCAAGCCCGUCGUCAAAGUGUACCUCUACGACCUCCCGACGCGGUUCACCUACGGCAUCAUCGAGCAGCACUCGCUCGCCCGCGGCGGCCGCCCCGCCGACGACGUGUCGUCGCUCAAGUACCCCGGCCACCAGCACAUGGGGGAGUGGUACCUCUUCAAGGACCUCCUCAAGCCCGAAUCGGACCGGGUCGGGUCGCCGGUGGCGAGGGUUUUGGAUCCGGACGAGGCGGACUUUUUCUACGUGCCGUUCUUCUCCUCCUUGAGCUUGAUCGUCAACACGAACCGGCAGGCGGCCGGAUCGGAGGAGAGGCCGGCGUACAGCGACGAGGAGAACCAGGUGGCGCUGGUGGAGUGGCUGGAGGCGCAGGAGUACUGGAAGAGGAACAAUGGACGCGACCAUGUGAUCAUGGCCUCUGAUCCCAAUGCUCUGUACAAAGUGCUUGAUAGUGUCAAAAAUGCAGUCUUGCUUGUUUGUGAUUUUGGGCGGCUCAAGGCGGACCAGGGGUCGCUGGUGAAGGAUGUCAUUGUGCCCUAUUCUCACCGGAUUAAUACUUAUAAUGGUGAUAUCAGUGUCGAAAAUCGCAACACCUUGCUGUUCUUCAUGGGCAAUCGAUUUCGCAAGGAGGGGGGAAAGAUCCGAGAUUUGCUUUUUCAGUUGCUUGAAAAUGAAGAGGAUGUCAUAGUGAAACAUGGAACACAAUCCAGGGAGAGUCGACGGGCUGCUACACAUGGGAUGCAUACGUCUAAGUUCUGUUUGAAUCCUGCUGGUGAUACUCCAUCAGCUUGCCGGCUUUUUGACUCUAUAGUUAGUUUGUGUGUCCCUGUGGUAAUCAGUGAUAGUAUUGAGCUGCCAUUUGAAGAUGUUAUAGACUACAGGAAGAUAGCCAUAUUUGUUGAAUCAAAUACAGCUUUGAAGCCGGGAUUCCUGGUCUCGAUGCUAAGAGAAAUUACCAGUGAGAGAAUCCUUGAAUAUCAGAAAGAGAUGAAUGAGGUGAAGCAUUAUUUUCAAUAUGGAGUACCAAAUGGAACUGUGAAUGAGAUAUGGCGCCAUAUUGCACAGAAGCUUCCCUUUAUCAAGUUGUCGAUCAACCGUGACAAACGCCUUGUAAAGAGGGAUAUGAAUGUGCCAGACUGCUCUUGUGUCUGCUCAAACCAGACUGGGAUUAUAACCAGCCUAUGAUGCCAUUUUUGCCAUUGACAUUCUUUCAAGAGAUUCAGAGUGCUCCGUCAAUUCUUAGGAGUGUCAUAUUUAGAUCUGAAAGCCUUGGAUCGAGUCUUAGCGAUGGAGGACUCUGUUCUGCAUCUGGGAAGCUACUCUGCUGUUUGCUGCAGAAACAGAUCUAUGCUGCUGAGAGAUUAUCAGUAUUUUCACAGAAGGGGUUUUUAAUCAAGGCCAGGGGUAAUAGAAUUUACAGACAGGGCUAUAUCGUAGAUGUUUUUUACUUACCUGGUCAUGAAGCUUAGCAGUUGGAAAUUAAAUUACUACGUGUAACUGUAAUUCAUUUGUAUAUUGGUUAGAGAAUAAACAUCAAAUAUAUGAAUUUUUGUC